AUGAAGAACUACUCAACCAUCAAUGCUCGUUCAGCCGAGCGAAAACGGCAACAUCGAAAACAAGUUGAGAAGGAUAACAACUCCGAACCUCGAAAGCAAGUUGAGAAGGAGAACAAGUCCUAUGAUUUCACCCUUCAACUUGAUAGUAAGCAAAGAUCAUUAAGGGAAAAAACACUAACAUCAUUAGUUCACUUUUUAUCUUCAAACGCUCGUCACGAAUUCAUUGAUAAAAAUUACGUUACACUAAUUCACCGUUGCCUACAUCGCCUUACUUUUAAGAAAAUUGGGUCUAGUAAGUUUUCUAAGACCGAGAUUCGCCUUGCUGUUCGUAUCAUAUCUCUCGUUGUUAUUAAUCUUGUUAACGAGGAUAAAUCUUCUGACAUCUUUCAUCAGUGUGUUCCUAAACUUGCUAACGCGUUGGUUAGUUUGGAGUAUGAAGGUGACGUGGUUUUAGAGUUGAUCGCGUGUUUAGGAAUGGUUGGGUUCUUUGGUUCGAGGAGUUCGAUGGAAGUAGAGAAGGUGAUGCGGGUUGUUUGGGAUUUUGGUCAUAAGUCUAAUUCUCCUGGAUCGGUUUUGGCGAGCACGAUUUCGACGUGGUUGUUUUUUAUUACAGUGGUGAAUGCCGAUUAUUUGAGUAACAAGCAUUGUAAAGAAUGUGUUUCUUAUUUAUCAAGUUUGUUGAAAAGAGAAGAUUUCGAAGAUAAUGAUUGUGAGUCUGUGUAUACGGCUGUUACGGAUGCCUUGACUUUAAUGUUUGAUAAUGAUAUGUUAAACAAGUUUUCGUACAAAUUAGAGACAGAGGAAGAGUGUGUUCUGUUGAAAGAAAAGAUUGGUGGAAAUUUUGAGGGAAGUUUGGAUGAUUUUAGGGAGAUUAUUCAAGUGAGGACUAUGAAGGAAUUUCUAGGAAAAGGGGGUUUCGCAAGUCAUUUGAAAACGAAUGAAAAUUUUUAUGAAUGGUACGAGUCUACAACGUGUGAUGAGGCUAAUGAUGACGACAAUGAUAAUGAGGACAUACCCGAAAGAGAGGAGGUUGUGCUGAAAUUUUAUCGGCCUGAAGUUGAGAGGCAGAAGGAAGACAAUGAUCUAUUAUUGCCUUAUGUUAGUGCGGCAGAGAAGAAUGUUCAAAAGAGAAUGAUUAAGUCGCCGUGUUCUCCCCUGAACAAGGCUAGGACACGGCUCCUCACCAAGCAAAGGAAAUUUGUAAACUAUCCUCCAGUUGAAGGUGAUUUGUGGGUUUAA